UUACCGCCUGGGCCGCCUGGACGUUGGCUUCUAGGAAAUACGAUGCCCAAGUCACGUGUGCCAUUUCAAUUCGCGAAAUGGACAGAACAAUACGGACCAGUGUUCUCGCUCAAACAAGGCCACAGAAUUUUCGUGGUUAUUGGACGUCAUCAGGCUGCGAUGGAUAUCAUGGAAAAAGAGGGAGCAAAUCUCGCCGACCGCCCGCGUUCUAUUGCAGUGCAAGACACAUUAUCUGACGGGUUGAGAAUGAUCCUUGUGGGCAGCGGUGAGAGAUUGCGCCGGCUGCGCAGGGUCAUGCAUGCAGGCUUGCAACCCAAGGUUGCAGAGACCUACGAGCCCACUCAGACCAAGCAUGCGAAGAAUCUGCUACUGGAUAUCCUCAAUGAUCCAAAGAACCACCAAGGUCAUGCCUUCCGUUACUCAGCUUCCGUGGUCAUGUCCUUCAACUACGGAAAAACAACUCCGACUUCGUACACAGACCCCGAGAUAGUUUCCCUCAAUAAAACUAUCGCGCGUUUUGGUGCAGCCAUCAAGCCGGGAGCAUACCUUGUGGAUACGUAUCCAAUCCUGCGUUUCGUGCCAGGCUACCUGAGCCAGCUGAAGGCAUGGCACCAAGAAGAAUUUGCUCUCUUUAAUGGGCAGUUGGACGCAGUGCGAAGACAGAUGCGUGAGGGAACUGCAGAGCCAUCUUUUUCUAAGUUCAUUAUAGAGCACCAGAAACAGUACCAGCUCGAAGAGAAGGAGCUGUCAUACGUUUCAGGAGGGAUGUUUGCGGCUGGUUCUGACACGACUGCAUCCGCAAUCACAUUGAUGAUGAUGGCUGCUGCCACUCACACAGAUGCACAGGCUCGCGUACAAGAGGAACUUGAUGAAGUCGUGGGGCGUAUGCGGCUGCCGACAUUUGAUGAUCAAGAAAUGCUGCCGCAGGUUACCGCGUUCAUACUCGAGAGCCUGAGGUGGAGACCCAUCGUUCUUGGAGGCUUUGAGCAUCGCGCGACUAAGGACAUAAUUUGGAAUAACUACCUCAUUCCUGCAGGUGCAACUGUUAUUGGCAACCAUUGGGCUAUCGCAAACGAUCCUGAGGUCUUCCCAGAACCACACAAAUUUAAUCCUCAGCGUUGGAUCGACGAUGCAGGUCGUGUGCGCAGUGAUCUCCGGUUUUUCACCUUUGGAUUUGGCCGCCGAGUAUGUCCCGGUCAACAUGUUGCGACUCGGUCCAUUUUCAUCAACACGGCUCUUAUUCUCUGGGCUUUCCGCCUUUCCGAGAAUCCUGCAGCGAAGAUCGACACGUUUGCUUUCUCAGAUACAGCAACUAUACAUGCUGCUCCAUUUGAGGUAUGUUUGGAGAAGAGGGUUGAUGAGAAUCUGAUCAGGGAACUGUGCGCACCGGUGGAGUAACGGCCAUUUAUCUAAGAACUUGAAAGCCAGUUAAUACAUUUGUCGAUGUGUCUAAAUUAUGUAUGCGCGUUGGUGCGUGAGAAUGUAUUUAGAAUCUGCCUGUAUUACUGUCCAACGUCGAUAGCGUCGCCAGCUUCAUCAAACUUGUUCUGU